AUGGCUCUGCCUGCUUGCGGAUUUCAGCCAAGCGCGUCCCCUGCCUUUCUGGGGCUGGAAGACGAGCGGAGCGCCUUCUUCCAAGACUGCACCCAAGCCCAGCCUGGGAAACCUGGGCGUUGGCUGGCAAGAUGCUUCCCUUGCGCCAGGCCGCCGAGGAGUCCAAGAACGCAGCAAGACCUCUUCCCUGGGGCGGUCAUUGGGAAGAGGAGGGAGGAGGAGCGCUCUGCGUCCCAGGGAGGUGGGUGGGGGACGUGGCGCGCGCGUUCGCGGGGCCUGGAGCCGCUUGCGCGGCGCCGCCUCCUCCCCUUUCCUGCCUUCCUCGCGCGCCAGCUGGAGGAGCGCAGGCAGCGACUUUUGCAGCUUUGCGGCGCCGCCUUGCCAUCUUCUGGUGCAAGCCGGCUAGAACCGGCCUCAGCAGAAGCAGAAAGCAGCAGCAGCAAAGGGGCGGCGGCGGCGGCGGCCGCGACUCCACCUCCUCAGAAGGACAGGAACGCGCCUGCACGCUUCUCCUUCCCCGGGGCUGUCCCUUCCUAUCCAAAGGAUGCUGCUGCUGCUGCCGCCGCUGUUGCCUGCGGGAUUGAACCAAGGGGAAGUGGAGAAAGGGGUGCAGCUCGUCCAAAAGCGAUUACGUUUAUUCCCUUAACACCGCAGCCCUACACGUCUAAGUAA